AUGGAGAACCAAGCAGUGGAGCAGCAGACUUAUGAAGAUGUGCAGAAAAGCGGCUAUCUCCGCAAGCAUAAAUCUAUGCACCGGCGAUUCUUCGUGUUAAGGGCGGCCUCGGAGCAUGGUCCAGCUCGACUUGAGUAUUACGAGAACGAGAAGAAAUUCCGCAGUAAAUCACCUGUCCCCAAAAAAGCCGUGAACCUGGAGACUUGCUUCAACAUCAACAAGCGGGCGGAUUCCAAAAACAAGCACAUGAUAGUCCUUUAUACCCGCAGCGAGAGCUUUGCCAUUGCUGCAGACAGCGAGGAGGUCCAGAAUGAAUGGUACCAGGCAAUGUUGGACCUUCAGUGCAACUGUAAGACUCCUGAUGACUGUGGUAGCAGCGGAGAGUGUAGUUCUCCCUCUCCUGUUCCAACCUUCAAGGAAGUAUGGCAGGUGAAGGUUUGGCCCAAGGGUCUUGGACAUGCCAGGAACUUGGUGGGAAUCUACCGGCUGUGCCUAACUGACAAGACAGUCAACUUUGUCAAACUCAACUCUGACGUGGCUGCUGUUGUGCUGCAGCUGAUGAACGUGCGCAGGUGUGGCCAUUCAGAGAAUUUUUUCUUCAUCGAGGUGGGUCGCUCAGCAAUUACAGGCCCCGGGGAGUUCUGGAUGCAGGUGGAUGACUCUGUGGUGGCGCAGAACAUGCACGAGACUCUGUUAGAGGCCAUGAAGGCCCUGAGUGAGGAGUUUUGUCAGCGCAGUAAAUCCCAAUCUGUGGGGACCUCAUGUGGCGGUGGCACUGCCUCCAAUCCCAUCAGUGUCCCGAGUCGUCGUCAUCAUCCAAAUCUGCCACCGAGCCAGGUGGGCUUCUCCAGACGAGCUCGUACUGAGACCCCUGGAACAGGAGGCAACAGCACCAGCACUUCACCUACGUCCCGCCAUGGGUUCCCAAGGGCGCGAACUGCCAGCAUUGGUGCCAGGUCAGAGGAGAGCGGAGCAAGUGCCAAAGGGACGUGGGCCAGCUCCAGCCCAAGCCUUAACGGUUCCUGCUCCACUACCCCCACGCUGAGGCCCAAGCCCACCAGGGCCCCUACCCCUGCUAAGAUUACUCUCAGCCUUGCACGUUACACACCUAACCCUGCUCCCUCUCCAGCACCAAGCCUGUCCUCCAGCUCCGGUCAUGGCUCAGAGUGUGGGUUAGUGGGGGCAGCUGUGGGGGGCAUGACAGUCUGCUCCUACACCCGUGUUCCUCAGAGAGUUUCUGUCUCGGGUUCACCCAGCGACUACGGCUCCUCAGAUGAAUAUGGCUCCAGUCCUGGGGAACACUCUCUGCUUGUCCCCAGUCUCUCUGGUGCAUCCCAUGGUGUGAGUGGACAUCAUGCACAUGGAGAGGGAUCCUCCAGCUAUAUAGUCAUGGGCGGGCGAGAGGGUCUGCUUGGUUCCCAUCAGCGUUCCAAAGGCCGACGGAUGCUGCGGCGCUCCUCCAGUAGGGAAUGUGAGGCAGAACGCAGACUACUGAGCAAGAGGGCUUCCUUACCAUUGGCAGGGAAUGAACGACUUACCCCGCGUAGAAAAGAGGAAGAUGAUGAAGAUGAUGAAGAAUACGCCAUCAUGUCCCGGAGUGCUAACAGAGAGACAGCUGAUUUGCAUCAUGGCUCAGGUCUGGCAGCGGGAGGUGGGCAGCUUGAUGUAGUAGGGGACACUAGGAAGAGAACUGAAAAAGGCAGGACAGAGGUGGACACAGGGGGUACUGUGGAUAGUGGCUAUAUGUCAAUGCUGCCUGGGGUGACUUCUCCUCCUGUUUCACUUUCUCUGUCGGUAGGUAUGUCUGACGCCAGUGCUAAACCUGGAGCUGAUGAUGAGUACAUGGCCAUGACCCCCAACAACAGUGUGUCACCCCCUCAGCCCAUAUGCCAGCCUAGCUCAGAGGGCUACAUGGUCAUGUCUCCCAAUAGCAGCAGCUCCACAGACCUACACGGCCUGGGCAUGUGGGAUAGCAGGGCCAGUAUGGAGAGCCGGGCUGCGAGUGACUACAUGAACAUCUCACCUGUCAGCAGCCGCUCUGCCUGCAGCACACCUCCCUCCCACCCUGAGCAGCACCAGCUGCAACCAAAAAUGUUCAAUUCCUACUUCUCCUUGCCACGAGCUUAUCAACACACUCUCUACACUCGCUUUGAGGAGGACUUAAACCAAGGCAAAGGAAAAAAGGAUAGCAGUGGCCAUGAUAGCGCUGGAAGGGGAGGGGGAGUGGGAUACAGCAAGAGAAACAAAAUCACAGUGGGCUCUGCAGGGGGCUGUCAACUCUCCUUGUCUUCCUCCUCUUUCUCCUCCAGCUCAGCCAGCAGUGAAAGCCUGGAGGACAAGUCGAUAUCAGCAGGGAGAGGGUUAAGUUUAUUAAGAACUGGAGCAGAAUACAGGAGUGGGGGAACAUGUACAAAAGAUGGGCAUCACCAGCAAAAACGUGGAUCAAGUAGUAAGAGCCCAAAGCAACAAAGGAGGGGUCGGCCACUCAGUGUAUCUGCAGACAUCUCGAAAGCAAACACCUUGCCCAGGGUGAAGGAGAAUCCACUGCCUUCAGUAUCCCAGAACGUCGGUGAGUAUGUCAGUAUCGUGUUCAAGGAAGACGGCGAAUAUGGCCGAGGAAGACGGUUGGGUUCAGAACACGGACAGUCUGUGAUCCACGGAACUCUGAGGCCCCGGCACCAACCGGUCCUCUGCCAUGACAGCACCACUAACCUUCCCCGUAGCUUCUCUGCACCGUUGUCCACCUCUGCAGAAUAUGUCAGCAUGGAUUUAGGGAAGUCCUCAACCCCCCUGACUCUAGUUAGAUCCACAUUCAGCACCCCACAGGGCCCACCAGCUGUUGCCCCCAAAGCCCGAGAUGAACACAGUAGGGCCUCUCCUCUGGCUGCAGAGGGAAACACAGGGUACAGAACAAAAGCAACAGUGGCAGCAGUGCCAGCAGACAUCCCUACACCAUUUACAGACAACACAGACAUGGCCUUCAACAAAGGUUCAGAGCCCACUCCUCAGUGCUCCAGCAUCUCAGCAAGACCUUCCAUCCAUUCGGGCCAACCAUUAUCCAUGGAGCAAGAACCAGUCUUAGGCUUUUCACCAGCCAAGUCCUUCUCAUCACCUGAACGGAGCAGUAGACUGGUCCGAGGUGACCCACAGGGACGGCGUAGCCACCGUUCAGAGACAUUUAAUUCACCCCCCUCUCUACCACGCCACCAAUCUUCUUCUACCUCCCUCUUCCCGGAGGGCAGCCAGGCAGCGAGCCAUCGACAUGGGUUGGACUGCUCACUGUGGGAGAAUGGACAGGCGGCUGUGUCUGCCACACCUCCACCCCAAGCCUCCACCUCAUCUGCCGAACAAGGCCUUAACUAUAUUGACCUUGACUUGGCUAUUAAGGAGAGUCCUCAAGUUGGAGUGGAGCGUACCUCUGCCACCUACAACAUCGGAGGAGCUGGUUUGGGUAGCACUGCUGGCUCCAGUAUCAACACCUAUGCCAGUAUUGAUUUCUACAAGUCAGAAGAACUGAGAGCACAACAAAACAGUAGAAAAGAUGGUCAAGAUUGUUGAGUUCCAUCCUCAUCCCGGAGCUCAGCGCAACUCUGCGACCAACUCUGCAAGGGAACG